AUGGAUAUCUGCAUCAUAUCCUCAUGGCUUCUUUUUGUCACGCUUGCCUUCCUUCUUCUUUCUUUCAGAUACAAAAGAAUGGAACAACGAAAGGCGGUGUACAGACUCCCUCCUGGCCCAAAGAAGCUUCCCUUAAUUGGGAACUUGCACCAACUUGGCAGGCUGCCUCAUCACUCUUUAUGGCAACUCUCUCAAAAAUAUGGCCCUCUCAUGUAUUUAGAACUAGGGAGCGUGCCAACAGUCGUAGUCUCAUCUGCUGAGAUGGCCAGAGAAGUAAUGAAAACUCAUGAUCUCGACUUCUGCUCGAGGCCCCGUCUUGUUGCUACCAGUAAAGUUUCUUACAAUUGCUUGGAUAUCAGCUUCUCACCCUAUGGUGAAUAUUGGAGAGAGAUGAGAAAGAUAUGCAUCAUCGAACUUUUCAGUGCCAAGAGGGUGCAAUCAUUUCAAUUUAUAAGGGAAGAAGAGAUUUCACUAAUGAUCAAUAGCAUCUCCCACUCUUCAGCAACUCCUAUAAAUCUCAGUAAGCUGACGACGACACUGGCAAAUAAUAUAAUUUGCAGAGUUGCGAUGGGUAAGAAGUAUCAAGAAGGUGAUCAUGAGAAGGGUAUAUUUCACAAGCUUCUCCUCGAAGCACAGGCAUUAUUCAGCAGUUUUUAUAUUGCAGACUUCUUCCCAUCAAUAGGCUGGAUGGACAAGCUGACAGGACUUGCAGGUAGGCUCGAGAAGAACUGUGCUAUGCUUGAUGUGUUCUAUGAGCAGGUCAUCAGGGAGCACCUUGACCCCAAGAGGAUGAGACCCGAACAUGAAGACAUAGUUGAUGUAUUGCUUCGGUUACAAAAGGAUGGAAGCCAUCUAACGAAAGACCACAUAAAAGCAGUGCUAAUGGAUAUCUUCAUGGCUGGAACAGAAACAGCUUCGGCGACCUUAGUAUGGGCUAUGGCAGAGCUCGCAAGACACCCGAGACUGAUGAAGAAAGCACAAGAAGAAAUAAGAGCCUCUUUAGGAACUAAAGGAAAGGUGGAAGAAGGAGAUCUUCACCAGCUUCGGUACCUCAAGUCUGUGGUCAAAGAAACACUGAGGCUGCACUCUCCUGUCCCAUUACUGCUUCCUCGUGAGUCCAUAAGACACUCUAGGAUUCAUGGAUAUGAUAUCCCGCCGAACACAAGAGUGUUUGUCAAUGCUUGGGGGAUAGGAAAAGAUCCUAAAUCAUGGGAUGACCCUGAAGAGUUCAUUCCUGAGAGAUUCAUGGAUAGUUCUAUCGACUACAAAGGCCAUAACUUCGAGCUGAUACCAUUCGGUUCUGGUCGAAGAAUCUGCCCUGCACUGAAUUUGGGGACUUUGACAGUGGAGCUAGCACUUGCGAGUAUGUUAUACCAUUUCGACUGGGAAGUGCCUGUUGGGAUGAGCACAGAAGACAUUGACAUGAAUGAAGCGCCAGGACUUGUGGCACAUAAGAGUUCUCUUCACCUUGUAGCCAUAAACCACAUCAUGAAAUAGCCAUAAAUCAUGUAAGUUAUAGUGCCUGUCAUCUGCUCCUGUAAAAUUUGGUAAAAGAAGAGUUUGCAGAACCAAGGGAAGAUUAUGUGCACGAGAUUUUGUGAUUUGUAAAUAUCAUGGCUAGAGUUAGAAUGCUCUAAACACAGAGAAAAAUCUUUGCUUGGAA